CGCUUAUGCACCUGCUUUGAUCCCUUCAGUUGGAGAGGGGGUACCUUUUGGAGUACCGCCUGGGUUACACUGGGUCAUUGUGUACAUUGCUCCACCCAUCAAGGCUUAAACUGGCAAAUUUCCCCUAUUUCUUGCACACUGUUCAAGUUCCUUCUAAUUCACUGUAUCUAGCAACCUUCCACCAAUGUCUGCUCUACCAGGCAGUGUGUAGCCUGGUCAUAAGGACUUAACCAUGUCAAUGAAGUGUUUAUUGUUAACAAUGUGAAAAGAAUUUGUGGCAUAAAUGAACCAAGCAAUCUUUUCAUCUAUGGUGUCUUGUUGGUAUUUGCUGGUCCUUACUACAAUCCCAUCCAUGGUGGUGGUUUUACUAGAUGAUUGAAAUCUUUUGCUUGCUACUGAUACUUUGUUGUCUGAAAUACAUUUAGUUGAAGAACUGCUGCUAAAAGUACCAAUGGAUGACUGAAGUUGUUGCAGAUGGACAGUCAAAGUCUCUUAUGCUUAAAUAGGAUCAUGAAACAAAAAUGAUUUUUGAAUAGUCAUUCUUCUCACUCUAGUAUUCAGUUAAUCAUUUACAUUUUUUUUUUCAACAAGGGUGCAGAUCUGAUUCCAAAUUACCAAAAAAGCUAAGACUGAUUGCACUUAAAGUGCACUAAAUUUUGGAGUAAGCCCCAUUGAACUCACUGGCACUUCUGUUUUUUUGAGAAAACAAGUAUAGGAUGGGGUUCCCUUAGGAAAGCUGAGUUAUGCUGAAGUAAAAUAGGGAACAGACUUAUGGCAUCACCAUUGUGAUCUAGGGCCAUGAAGUUCCAAAAUAAGGGGCAUGCAUUAUGUAAUAUAAAACAAGAAAAUGACACCCGGUGGCAACUGGCAACUCUAGAUUUCUCUUACUGCAGCUUUCUGUACUGUAAACUUGGGUGGUAGAGUCUAAACCUAGUUAACUAAACAAGCCAUAAGAAUUAGCUAAACUUUUUUUCUAGCACCAUCCAACAUGGCAAACAGCUUGGGAAUUUAUUUGUUAAAUCACACUUAUACUAAAAGGCAUAGAAAGAGUCUUGAAGAACAGUGCGUUGCAAAGUGAAUUAUUUAAUCUGAUCCACAUUGUUCUUCAGACAUAUCCACAUCUUCAUCCACAUCAUUUUCUCCCAAUAAGCAGUUUUCAUUAUGUUUCUUUCUUGCAACAAGGCCUUGCAAUCUCCUUCUUGCAUUGCUUACACUUGACACAUUUUCCAUUUUUACCCAGGGAAGGAAUUGCUUCAAAAUAUUCCCAGAUAGGGUCUCUUUUACACUCAGAAGCCAUGACAGUUUGUUUUGUUUGUUUGUUUGUUUGUUUGGCAAAAGUGUGGGGGAAUAUAGGAAGCUGUGUGUGUACUACCGAAUAAUGUCUUUCCUUUUUCUUUCCAGUCCACUGUUCCUUUCUAUUCUGCCUCCAUCCUUUCCUAUAUUGUUUCUGUCUUUAAGAGAGUCUUAACUAACUCCUCUGCCUUGCUUGGCCCAGCUCCACCCCCACAUAAGAACAACAAUCCUAUCCAGCCUGUCUGCAUGUGACUUUAGUCCGCUGAGAAACAGAAACUGAAAGCCCAGAACUUUCAAGAAGCAAGAGCUGGUAGUUAGGCUGGACAGACAGACUAGAGCCAUUUUCAUGAGAUGAAAAAUUGAAAUGAAUGCCCAUGUUUGAUUGAUAGGUAACUCAAUGUGUGUGUGUCUGUGUGCGAGACAGAGCCAUUAAUUCAUUUUUAUGAGACUGUAAGUGUAGGUUUAUCAUGUUUGUGAUGAGGUUUAAUUGUAGCUGUUAUUUUUUUAAACAAGAUAGAAAUUUAGUACUUUAUUGACGAUUUUAAAAAAUCUGAUUUUAAAUUUUUUAAAAAUCCAACUUUUAAAUUUAUUUUUUCUUAAUCAUUGAUUUUUAUCCACCCUGCUUUGGGCACAAACACCCUUCUGUUUCUAGAGAUAACAGCCUUGUUAACAACAGUAUCUGGAGAUGAGAGAUAAGACCUGAUUGCCUGCCCAUCAGCCCUAUUGUUUCUCUUUAAGUUUGUGUGUAUACAGAGUCAAGCCCUUACCUCUCUCUAGAAGUGCAAAGUUUCAAGAAGUUAAAUGAAUAGAGGAUACGAGGUAGAGUAGAUCUGGGAAAGGAGGAGUCUGGAAAUAAAUGCAAGGAGGGAGGGGAAGUAGAAACAACAGAGGCACAUUCUGAGCAGAAGAUUCCAGAAGUUGUGAGGAAUAUCCUUCUGAGUAUAGCCUCUCCACUGAUUUGAGAUCUAGUGAGGGACUGGUAUGGUAGAAAGGAAAACCUAUCAUGGUAGCAGGCUUGCCAGGCCGUAAAAAAGACCCUGUUUGGGAAUAUUUCAUUAAAGUUCCUCCACCUAUGGGGAAGACAGGCAUGCGUGCAAAAUGAAAACAAUGCAACAAAGAAAUGCAAGGCCUGGUUGCCGGAAUGAAACAACAUCUUGAGAAGUGCUCCUUCUCAGGAGGAAACUGCUUUGAAGAUGACGAAUGGAACAUGUCUGAACAUGGAGGAUCUCCAGGAGGAUGCAUCCUCAACAUACAGGAUUCUGACUAUCCAUCUUCAACAUCAUCACUGUCUACAAUUUCAGAGUCACCUGCUAAUGAUACCAGUGUUCCAGUCAAAUGUAUGUCACAUAGUACAUCACCAGUAGCAAAAAGGAAAAAAAAUCUCCAUCAUCCAGAAACCAUCACAGAUACAUUUGGAAUAAGAACCAACAGAUUACAGCAGGAGGUACUUGAUGAAAAAAUUGCUCGGUUUGUUUAUGCAACAAACGCGCCUUUCUGUAUAGUUGAGAACACACACUUCAUUGACAUGGUUCAGUUAUUACGACUGGGAUACAGUCCACCCAAAAGAGCAGAUAUAAUAGGCAAAUUGCUGGAUAAAGUAUAUGAGAGAGAAAUUGAACAGUGUGCAAAAAGUCUGGAGGGGAAAAUUGUUAACCUGAGUCUUGAUGGGUGGAGCAAUGUGCACAAUGAUCCAGUAAUAUGUGCUUGUGUGACCACAGAAGAAGGGACUGUCUACCUUACAGAAACAGUUGAUACAUCAGGAAAUGCAUACACAGCAGAAUACUUACAAGAAGUAACAGUAAAAGCUAUAACUGUGAAAAAACACUGAAAUGUCUAGUAGUCAGCUUUGUCACAGA